CUCAAUAGACCCAGAGAGAGAGACCCCAUCGCCCUCAAUCCCCCAAUUCACCAUUAUAAUUGAGCACGACUUACCAUAAAUUACAAGUGUGGUUCAGGUUUUCCUCUAUCUUUUAGGGCUCUAUCCCGAAAUCUCAAUGGCGGCGAAUCAUCUCAGAGCAAAGGUUUGAUUGGAAGCUAGAUGGUUUCUGUUUGUUACUGGAAAAAGGGAGGGCACCUCGAAACCCUAGAUAGGUUUUGCUGGGAUUUGUGGUGGAUUCAUUUGGGAGUUGGUUUGGAUUUGAUUGAGGAUUGGAAAUAAGAUGGAGGAUGCGGAAGUUAGAUUGGAGAGGAAAAGGGGGCGGAAAAGGAAGAGAGUUGAUGUUCAGAAUGUGGAAAUGGAUGUAGAUGGGAAGAAGAGGGCAGUAGUGACACGGUCGAAGAGGCUGGUGGGGUGUUAUGUGAGGAAGGAAUUCGAGGGGAGUGGGUUUUAUUUGGGGAAGGUUGUUUCGUAUGAUACGGGGUUGUAUAGGGUUGAUUAUGAGGAUGGGGAUUGUGAGGAUUUGGAGAGUGGUGAAGUGAGGAGCUUUUUGAUUGAUGAGAGUGAAAUAGACGGUGAGUGGAUGGAGCGCAAAAAUAAGUUGGAUGCUUUAUUGUUGCAUAAAGACAAGGAUGUAGAGGCGAUUAAUGAAUUGAAAACCGAGAAUGUGGUCCCAUUAGAGUCUGCAAAUGUCGUUGCCAAUGCUCAGGUCAAAGAAACGUCUGCAGUUAGCGAGUUGAUUAAUGCUAAUUGUGAUGCUGAAAUUGAGGGCGUUCAAAUUGAUUAUGAUGCUAAUGUUGACUCAGUGAGUGAUUCCUGUGAGGAUGAGGAAAUCAGUUCAGAGGUGGAAGUGCCGGUUGUUCCACCACCAGAGUUGCCUCCCUCUUCGUGGAAUAUUGGGGUUCCAGCAGAGGAUGUGUCGCACCUUCUUUCCGUAUAUAGUUUUCUGCGCUCGUUUAGUAUUCAGCUGUUUUUGAGUCCCUUUGGACUGGAUGAUUUUGUGGGAUCACUCAACUGUUCUGCUCCGAACACAUUGUUGGACUCUGUCCAUGUAGCUCUCAUGCGUGUUUUGAGGCAUUAUUUCGAAAAGCUCUCAGUGGAUGGUUCGGAGCUCGCAUCAAAGUGCUUGAGAGGCAUGGAUUGGAGCUUGCUAGAUACAUUGACCUGGCCUAUUUAUCUGGUUCACUAUUUAAUGGUGAUGGACUACACAGAUGGUCCCGAAUGGAAAGGUUUUUUUAUCCAUGCACUGGAGAGAGAAUAUUACACUUUAUCUGCUGGUAAGAAGCUCUUGAUUUUGCAAAUCUUGUGUGAUGAUGUUUUAGAUUCUGAGGAAUUAAGAGCAGAGAUUGACAUUCGCGAAGAAUCAGAAGGGGGAAUAGAUCCAGAUACGGGAAUGGUUGUUGCUCCCGUGGCUGGACCAAGAAGAGUUCAUCCUAGAAAUUCCAAAACUUCUGCUUGUAAAGGUCAAGAAGCAAUGCAAAUUAUUGCCCAAAGUCGUGAAAUGAAGUCAUUUUCCAACUCUGGUAAUCUGGGGUUGAGUGUUCAGGGACAAGAUGGUAUUUCGGAUAUGGAUCAGGAUGGUAAUGGCGAUGAAUGCCGUCUUUGUGGCAUGGAUGGGACCUUGCUUUGUUGUGAUGGGUGCCCAGCAUCUUAUCAUUCCAGAUGCAUAGGAGUGUGCAAAGUGUUCAUACCAGAAGGGCCAUGGUAUUGUCCCGAGUGUACAAUAAAUAAGGUAGGGCCAAGAAUCACAAAGGGAACCACAUUAAAAGGAGCCGAAGUAUUUGGUGUUGAUGUCUAUUCUCAAGCAUUUAUCGGUGCUUGUGAUCAUUUACUUGUGCUAAAUGCUUCAACAAAUUUACAUUCCUGCGCAAGAUAUUACAGUAAAAAUGAUAUUCCAUGUGUCCUUCAAGCACUUCUUUCAAGUAUGGAGCAUAUUGUUAUGUACAAGGAAAUAUUCAAGGCUAUCAUCCAGUAUUGGGAAAUUCCAGAAGACAUCAUUUCAUUUACUGAAACAUCUGAAAUUGCUGAUCAUCAGUUAGCAGAAGAGCAUCUUAAUUGCACCGUGCCAUCAUCUGUAAUGCCAUUGGGCUUGGUAAGUCAUAAUGUUCCAGAGACACCCCGAAGUGAGGAUACUUCAAGCUGUAUUUUUGGUGCUAAUUCAGGAAACAUGAACAAGGCCUCUUUGAGUGCAGUAACAUCUGAUCAUGCUGUUCAACAGGGAAAUGGAGAUGCAUCUAUAGAAACAGUUGGCCCUCAAAUGAAUAUCCCUGGGGAGGUUCAAGUGAAAUACACUGUGUUUCCAGGUUCUCUUGACCAGGGGACUGUUCAGUCUGAUUUCAUGUCAAAAGAAAAGUCAGGCCCAGAGACUGCUACAUGUAUGUCAACAAAUAUGUUUGGUAAUUGCAGGGACUACGUGAGUGGACCUUAUGUGACACCUAAACUUGCUGUUGCCUAUAAACACAUCAAGAUCAGGGUUGGUAAAAGUUUCCAUAGUACAGAAAAUGCUAUCUCAUACAUGGGAUCUUCCUUUAAAGCCCAGGGAUAUGUCAAUAACUAUCUACAUGGAGAUUUUUCUGCAUCAGCUGCUGCUAAGCUGGCAGUUCUUUCAUCUGAAGAAAACCAGGUUUCUGGGUCUCACUCAUCAGAUCGUCGGAAACUUAUUUCCGCUAAUAUAUCACUUCAAGUAAAAGCAUUUUCGUCAGCAGCUAUGCGCUUUUUCUGGCCUCAUACAGAGAAAAAGCUCAUUGAAGUACCAAGGGAAAGGUGUAGUUGGUGUUUUUGUUGUAAAGCUUCUGUUUCGAGCAAAAGAGGGUGCUUGUUGAAUGCAGCUGUGGCAAAUGCCAUAAAGGGUUCUAUGAAGAUUUUUGCUGGUCUUCGUCAUGCAAAGAGUGGAGAGGGAUGUCUUCCUGGAAUUGCUACAUAUAUUAUGUUCAUGGAGGAGAGUCUAAGUGGUCUAACUGUCGGCCCCUUUCUAAGUUCAGCAUUUAGAAGACAAUGGCGCACACAAAUGGAGCAUGCUAAUACCUGUGGUGCAUUAAAGUUACUUUUACUUGAGCUCGAGGAAAAUAUUCGUACCAUUGCUCUUUCUGGGGACUGGGUUAAGCUUGUUGAUGGUUGGUCAGCUGAGUCUUCUGUCACUCCAAGUGCUGUUAAUGCUUCUGGAUCCACUCAGAAACGUAGACCAGGGAGACGUGGAAGGAAAACAUCUGUCAUGACGGAAGUUACUGCUGAUGAUAGCCAGGACAUAUUGGCUGACUUUACUUGGUGGCGAGGUGGUAAGCUGACAAAGCUUUUAUUACAAAAAGGGGUUCUGCCUCGCAUACUGGUGAAGAAAUCUGCACGUCAAGGUGGUUCAAGAAAAAUACCUGGCAUUUACUAUGUUGAAGCAUCUGAUACUCCUAAAAGAAGCAGACGACUUGUUUGGCGAGCUGCUGUUGAGAUGAGCAAGAAUAUUUCCCAGCUUGCACUUCAUGUUAGGUACCUAGAUUUUCAUGUGAGAUGGAAUGAUCUUGUUCGUCCAGAGCAGAAUAUUCAGGAUGUAAAAGGCCCAGAAACAGAGGCUUCUGCUUUUAGAAAUGCUUACGUUAGUGAUAAAAGAGUCAUUGAUAAUGAUACUACAUAUUGUGUUGCUUUUGGGAAUCAGAAGCAUCUUCCUUCUCGUGUGAUGAAGAACAUAAUUAAAGUGGAGCAAACCCAAGAUGGAAAGGAGAAAUAUUGGUUUUCGGAGACACGCAUUCCCUUGUAUUUGAUCAAGGAGUUUGAAGAAAAUGCAGCGAAAGUUCUGAUACAAAAAACAGACAAGCCCGUAAAUGCAACUGUAAACUUGCAAAGGAGGAGGUUGAAAGCUUUCCGGAAAGAUGUAUUUUCUUAUCUUGCACGAAAGAGGGAUACUAAGGAUAUGUGCUGUUGUGCUUUGUGUAAUCAAGAUGUUUUAAUGGGGGAUGCUGUCAAGUGUAGUGUUUGCAAAGGUGCCUGUCAUGAGCAGUGUACUGUCAGUUCAACAGUUCACAUCAAUGAGGAAGUUGAAUUCCUGAUCAUUUGCAAGCAGUGCUACCACUCUAAAGCUCUGAGUCAAACUGAAAAUAAUUACGAAUCUCCAACAAGUCCUUUACUUUUGCAGCGACAGGAAUUUGCUCCAGUGAUGGUGAGGAAAGCUGAAAACCCAAUUGGUUGUGAUCAGCCAUCAAUGGCUGUCAAAACUGUACAACAUGCUUCAGAUGCAAAAUCAAUUAAUGCCUCUAAAUCCGGAUCCAAAAGCAAACGGAAAUUAUGUUCUUGGGGUCUGAUCUGGAGGAAGAAAAAUUGUGAAGACACUGGGAGUGAUUUCAGAUCAAAAAAUAUUCUUCUGAAGGGCAGUAGAGACUUCGGGCUGUCUGGGCCCCUCUGCCACCUUUGUCGUCAGCCAUAUAAUUGUGAUCUAACGUACAUUCGCUGUGAAACAUGCUUAAACUGGUAUCAUGGAGAAGCUGUUGAACUCCAGGAGUCAAAGAUUUCCGAUCUGCUGGGUUUCAAAUGUUGCAGGUGUAGGAGGAUUAGAUCACCUGUGUGCCCUUACUUGGAUCCAGACAGCAAAAAGCAAUUAGAGGAGAAGAAGACACGCAGUAAGCCUGCAAAGCAAGAUGAGAAGGACCCCAGUGUGGAUGUUGUCCCUCAGCAAGUCAAGCGGGAACCUGCUAUGCCUCAUUUGCCUGCAAUGGAACAAGUGGUGUAUGUAGCAGAGGAUGAUCCUCUACUUUUUAAUCAUACGAGAGUUGAGCAGAUAACCGAACAGAACUCUAGUGUUGAUUAUGAGUGGAAUGCUACAAGUGUUUCUGGGUUCGGGCCACAAAAACUGCCUGUUAGAAGGCACAAUAAACGUGAUAAGGAAGAAGAUUGUUCUUUAGCUGGCAAUUCAGCUCAUGAUGACUUGUCAGCUUUUGGAGGAAAUGUCUUUAACUCUGCAGACGAGUCAUUGUCUCAGGUUCAGUGGGAUCCUACUGCAAGUGGCUUUGGUGAUGGUAUGAUGUUCAACUAUGAAGACCUCAGCUUUGAGGAUAUGGAGUUUGAGCCUCAGACUUAUUUUUCAUUUAAUGAGCUGCUUGCAUCUGAUGAUGGUGUUCAACAGGAUGUAGUUGGUUCAGCUGAGAAUGUGGCAGAGAACUGGGAGAAUUCAUCCAUUCUACCAAGCGAUGGUGUUGUUGAUGCAUCUUUCAAUCAGCAAGAACCUUCAAGCUUGGUUAAACAUGCAGUUAAUACAGUGCCUUGUAGAAUGUGCACUCGUUAUGAACCCUGCCCUGACCUUUGUUGUCAGAUUUGUGGUAUCCUUAUUCACAGUCAUUGUUCUCCAUGGAUUGAGCAGUCAUUGAGGGAUGGUGGCUGGAGAUGUGGUAAUUGUCGCGAAUGGUUUUAGUUGAUCUGCAAUCCAUGUUAGAAUGCUGCUUUGUCCAAUAAGCUCUUACUUGAGGUGGUAGAGUGGAGUAUGCCGAAAGAAAACGCACGCUUAGUGAGCACCAUUAAGAGAAGAAGUCAAAACGGUAAGAAUUCCUGGUUUGGAUCUUUUGGAAGAUGGGAAUUCCCGUCUCAGCAUUGUCCCAUAUAGGUUUUUCAAAAUUAAAGCCCCUAUCAAGUUGAGUUUUGGGGCCAAUAGAGAUAAGCAAAAUAUUUUUUUGUAUGCUUAUCUGAUUUUUGGUUUGGCUGUAUACAACAAUGUUUUAGCUGGCAUUUUGAAAAUCAGUACCAACAUCUGUCCUAGCUUUACGGUGAUAUCCGUGUUCUAGCUUUAUAGUUGCAUUAUGUUGGAGAUUGGAGGUUCAAAUGUCACCCUAAAGAUGACUUCAGCCAGGAAAAGUACGGAUUUAUGAAA